AAAAAAAUGCUCAGCUGAAGUAACUAGAAAAAACUCUGCUUGAGUCAUUAUUACCUAGGCAGUUAAACAGUAAACACUGGAGUAAUCCCCAUUUCAGUGUAUUCUCAUUUCUGUAAUCUCAAAAAAAAAAAAAAAAAGAAAAAAAAAAAAAAGAAAAAUCCUCUCUAUAUUUUUUCUUUGUAUUGAAUUAUUUUGGAGAGACCAUUCUAUUUUUGUAAUUGUAAGUGAAAUCAUCUUGGUGAAAAUUUUUUGGACUUAUGUAUGGGAAAUGAAAAUUUGGCUUAAUAUUUUAAUCUGCAUAGUUUUAUCUGCUUACUUUAUCAGAAUUGUCUUUUGUAUUCUUUAUGCUAAAUAUAUGAAAAUAUCUAGAUGAAUAUUUUAAAUGUAGGUAUUCAGAUAUUUGAAAUGUAACAAUGAAAACAAAGAAAGAAUAUAAACAAUUCUUAAUAUUUUCUCAGGGACAUUUCUUCAAAUCAUUGUGAUUUUGUAUCACUGUGGUGCAAUGUCUGCAAAGGCACAGGAAACAUUUAUUGAUACAGUACAGAUUGUUUUAAUUGGCGCUACUGGCUCUGGUAAGAGCUCUUCUGGAAACACAAUAUUAGGCAAAAGACUGUUCAAAUCAGAGGCAUCUGCAAAGUCUGUGACACAGGAAUGUUUAACUGCUACAGAGAUAAUCAAUGGCUAUCAGGUUAAAGUAGUGGAUACUCCAGGCUGGGACUGCACUGAACUCACUGAACCUGAGAUCAUGUCCCAAAUAAAACAGGCUCUACAAUGUCUUAAUGGACCUUACUCCUUUCUCCUGGUCAUACGUGUUGGCUCUAUGGAAUCUGAAGAAGAAAUUAGUAAAAUCUAUGAACUUAAAAGGGUGCUUGGACCCUCCUUUCUGGAUCAUACCACAAUCCUGUUUUCACGCAGUGAUGACCUGGAGGGGAAAGCUUUUAAGGACUAUAUUAAGGAAGGAGGUAAAGAGUUCCAUGAUCUGUUAAAGCAGUGUGGUGACAGACACCACUGCUGGAACAAUAGACAAAACACAUCUGAUGAGACUGUGAAAGAACUGCUAAAGGAUUUGAAAAAGACAGAGACAAUAAAUCUAAAUUCAGUGAAGACUUCCCAAGGCAACAUGAACAACAACGAAGAAAACCCUUCUGCUUGUUCCUCUUAUGGUGAGCAGAGAAAUUGGUCAAGAGAUUUAGAAACACACAUGUCUAAAAAUCAAAUCAGAGUUUUAUUCCUUGGAAUGAACAGGGUUGGAAAAACCUCAAGCAUGAAUAUCCUUCUUGAAAAAUGUGUACAAAGUGGAAUCGGAGGAGAUGCAGUUUAUACACACCUUAGCUCUGGACUGAGUCUGAAGCUGUUAGAAUCUCCUGGCUUUGAUGAUAAUCCGGAACGAAUCCAGAAGGCCAUCUCCAAAUCUGUGUCCAACUGCCAUCCAGGACCUCAUGUCAUUAUUAUAGUGCUGAGAGUGGAGCGCUUCACUCCAGCAAGAAAGACAGCCAUGAAACGGGUACAAGGUUGUCUUGGAGAAAAUGCCAGAAAACACACAAUGAUUCUGUUCACUGGAGAGGAUAAUUUGGAGGGCAAACCCAUUGACCUCUUCAUUCAAGAGAAUCAGCAUCUCAAAGAAUUAGUGAAAAUACACAAGAACAGAUAUCAUGUGCUAAAUAACAGAGACACCAGCAAUGAGACUCAAGUAGAUGAACUGCUGAAGAAGAUUAAUGACCUGUACAAACAAAAUAAUAAAGAAUUUUACACAAAAGAGCAAGAAUCUCCAGAUCCUGAUCACCAGACAGUAAUGCAGUCUGUAAAGGGAAGGUGGGAAACAGAUGUAAAAUGUCACACUUCCAAGAGCACUGGUGUGAAUUGCCCUAUAAAUUGACAGAAAUGAUCAUACAUUCCUUUUAGCAAGAACAAUCAGGAUUCAUCCAGGGAUGUCUGAUUACUCCAAGUAUGUAUAAACCUUUGCUUCUUAUGAUUAUUAUAUGUUUUUUUUUUUUUUUUUUUUUUUUUUUUUUACAUUACUCUUAAUAUGAUUACAUUCAACAAAACAUAUUUCUGAUCAAUUUCAGAGAUGCAAGUAGCUUGGCUCCAUCAUGUACAUAAUACGUAGAAGAGCAUUUACACCAUAAUAUAUAUUGCAAUGAGUCCCUCCAAACCUUCCUAAAAAUGCUUGAAGACACAUUUUUUUUCUGAACAUCAGCUCACUGAUGAGUGUGUGUGUGUGUGUGUGUGUGUGUGAGAGAGAGAGAGAGAGAGAGAGUGGGUGUGUACUAUACUAUAUAUUGCUAUUCAUACCUGUUCUUUGUUGCUGUAUGAUUACCUUUUUACUGUAAACCUAUGUACAUUGCAGCUUCUUGUAUUACUAUAGGGUGUGAUAGCAUAACUAUGUAAACUGGAGUUUAACUGCUUGUUUUAUAAUUAAAGUUUGUAGCUUUCAUUCAACCUUAUUUUAGAUGUUAUGGUUAGUUGUGGCUUGCAGUGUUCACCCAAUGGCUAUUUUUACAUUUUAAAAUAGGGCUGGGAUAUAUGAUCCAAUAAAUCCCUUUCUAGAUUUAGUGAUGUCCUUGAUUUAUGAUGCUUGGGUUUUUAUUAUUAAUCAUCAAAAUUAUAAUUUUUUUCUUAAAGAUUAAGCUAUUCAUUUUUUUGUACUGUGUCUCGUGGCAAUACAUGCACACCCGAAUUUGUCAGAUUUGCUCAGAGAAGAUGGAGAAGAAAACCAUGGAGAUAUGUUUUUAAAUCUUUGCUUCUGGAGUUCAACACUAGAUGGAGUCCUCGAAUUAUGCUCCUGAUGUUGCUCCUCCUCACAGAGACUCAAUGACACUGAUUGUUUAGUCCGUCCUCAAUAUGUCUCACUUUAAAGUUAUGUUUUUCCCUUAAACUGCUGACAUUUGAAAAUGCACUGCUAUGAUGGUAGCUCAGUAAGUAUACAGUAUACAGAAGAAUGUAACUCAAAGAGAAAAAGUAAAUUAAACGUGUACAGCAUGUCAACUAUUUAUUGUUAUCCAUUUGUUUUUAGUGGUGUGAGAAUAACUAGUGCUAACUAAUGAUGCAUUAUAUGUUACAUAUUUCUGGAAAUACUGUGCUAUAUUACUGUUGAAGAUCAUUUUUGUCAAGUUAUUGGUCCAUUCUAUUAGAUGUCUUGACACACACACUGAAGUGCAUGUGUUUUGUUGUGCUUUAAAUAUGCAUCUGUGUCUCCCAGCUCUGUGAGGAGAGUAUGCACAGUCUGAAAAUUGGGACCAGCAGAUUUUCUUGUUCAUUUAUUUGCUAGGAUCUGUCAUACAUGCACUUUUAUCUAAAAGUCCACCCUGUGAACAAUUAUGUUGUCAGCUGAUGUUUAACUGUUUUUAUUUGAUUAUAAGCUUAGGGCAUGGUGGCUUAGUGGUUAGCACUAUUGCAUUGCACCACCAGGGCUGGGGAUUUGAAUCCCUCCUCCGCCCUGUGUGUGUGAAGUUUGCAUGUUCUGUGCUUUGGGGAUUUCCUUCCCCAGUCCAAAGACAUGCGUUGUAGGCUAAUUGGCAUUUCCAAAUUGUCUGUAGUAUGUGAUUGGGUGUGUGAGUGUGUGUGCGAUUAUGCCCCAGGGGUGUCCCCUGCCUUGUGCCCCAAGCUCCCUGGGAUAGGCUCCAGGUUACCCCAUGAACCUGUGUAGGAUAAGCAGUAUGGAAAAUGGGUGGAUAAUAUUAUAAGAUCAUAGGCAUGAAUCAAUCUCCAACAAAUAAACCAUUAAAAGUAGUUCAUUCCAGGCUGACUCCAUGUUUUAUUAGUUCCAAACCUCAAUAAAAUCACUUGGAGGACAUUCAGUUAAAUGAAAAGGUUUUCACCCCCUGAUUUCUAUGUGAAAAAUUGAAGUGUACCUCAAUUUUAUGGUUUGUCUAUUUAAGAUGAUCUAUUUUAUAGUUUUAUAUUCUCAUAAAUAGCAAAUUCUUUGAAUUGCUUUAUAGCAAAGAGAACUUUUGAAUUUGCUCUUUCAAUGGGUUGAAAUAAAGAUACAAGCACUUUAUAGAUUUUAAUUUCUUUAUACACAUAAUUUUACACUGGAUUUCAUAUGAAUAAAUGCAAAUAAAUAUAUAAUUACUUGUUUAAGUCACUCUGGAAGGGUAGAAGGGAA